GGCUUCUCUGUUCAGACUUGUCUAACUAGUUUCAUUUCAACUAUUUGUAAUUUGUUUUAAUAUCUUUCAGCCAUAGACCUCUAAUACAUCUAGGAUGGCAUGCAGUUGAUUAGAAAGUCCAGCCCAGGGGCUGCAGACCUUCACGAUCGUGUUCUUCCUCCUGCAGAUGAUGUAUCCAACAGCAGGACUUGGCACCCGAAGCAGAGUUUUGAAACCAUGGAUGACUGCCCUCCUCCUUUUGUUAUUACUGACAGUGGUGGCAGUGACCAUUGGUGUUCUGGCUCAUGUGUUAGUCUCUGGACAGAAAAUGGAGUAUUAUCAUGCCACCUUUAAAAUUUCAGAUCUACGAGUCAAUAGUAAUUCUGGACAAAACAACACAUACCAACUUAAGGACUUACGGGAGAUGAGUGAGAACUUGGUGGAUGAGAUAUUUAUAGAUUCAGCCUUGAACAAGCAUUAUAUCAAGAACCAAGUAGUCAGACUGACUCCAGAGGAAGAUGGUGUGAAAGCAGACAUCGUUAUGGUGUUUCAGUUCCCCUCUACUGAGCAAAGGGCCUUAAUAAAGGAGAAAAUCCUUAGCAUCUUAAAUCAGAAGAUAAGGAACACAAGAGCCGUACCCAUGAGUGUGUCUUCAGUUCAAGUUAAUGCAAUGAGCUCAUCAACAGGGAAGCUAACUGUCCAAGCAUGCUGUGGUAAACGAGUUGUUCCAUUAAUAGUCAACAGAAUAAUGUCUGGAGACAUCGCAGCCAAGGCUGCCUGGCCUUGGCAAGCUUCCCUUCAACGUAAUAACGUACAUCAGUGUGGGGCCACCCUGGUCAGUAAUACGUGGCUCAUCACAGCAGCGCACUGCUUUACGAAUAAUGCAAAUCCACGUCAAUGGACUGUUAGUUUUGGAACGACAAUCAACCCUCCAUUAGUGAAAAGAAAUGUCAGAAGAAUUAUUGUCCACGAAAGAUACCACUUCCCAGCAAGAGAGUACGAUAUUGCUGCCGUGCAGUUCUCUCCCAGGGUCACCUUUACCGAUGACAUCCGCCGGGUUUGUCUGCCGGAAGCCUCUGCAUCCUUCCAGCCAAAUUCCACGGUCUAUAUCACAGGAUUUGGAGCACUCUUCUACGGUGGGAAAUCCCAAAAUAAUCUUCGAGAAGCCAAACUGAAAAUCAUAAGUGAUGAUGUGUGCAAGCAACCGCAUGUAUAUGGCCGUGAUAUAAAAUUUGGAAUGUUUUGUGCUGGAUAUCUAGAAGGAAUGUAUGAUGCUUGCAGGGGUGAUUCUGGGGGACCUCUAGUCAUAAAGGAUCUUAAAGAUACCUGGUAUCUCAUUGGAAUUGUGAGCUGGGGAGACAACUGUGGUCAAAAGAACAAACCUGGAGUCUACACAAAAGUGGUUUAUUACCGAAACUGGAUCACUUCGAAAACGGGCCUCUAAUUCACUAUAAAAGUUAGAUAUUGAGUGCUGUGAGCAAGCUAUAUAUGUAUGAGAAUUUACAUAUUCAGUGAAUGUAGUACAAUGAAGUGAGAUUAAAUGACAUUAUUUAUUAUAGAAUCACUUCAAUUAAGCAAUGACUCAUAGCCAAUUUAUAAGGAAUUUAAAUCCUUAUAAAUUUGCAAAGUAGUGGAUCAGUUUAGCCUGGAAGGGAGAAUAUAGCAGAAACAUUCAGUUCUUUACACAUCAUGCAAGCUGAAGUAUAAAAGAGGUGUAAUGCAAAUUUUUGAAAAUAAUCCAUGAUUUUUAGAAUGUCUUUGUCAAAAUGGUCCCUGUAAGUGAUAAAGUUUUUAGUCUCUUAAAGAGUUCAGGAAAACCUUAUAUAAUUUCUUAUCAUUUCUCCUGAGCUCACAAAUACAUUUUUAAAUUUUUCCUUGUUAUUCCAAGUUUUCCAAAGAGAUUUUUCACCAUUCACCAUAAUAUAUUUUCUACUUAUAAACUCUAUAGAAGGAUCUUUGGGGAAAAAAAGUUACAUCUAGGAAACAAAGUAUGGUGAAACGUCCCUAAUGUCUUAGUGAUUUUUUUAAAAUACAGACACAUAGAGAAAGAUAAAUACUGAUUUACAUAUCCAGAGAAAUCCUGAUUAAUAAAUAAGUAUACAUAAUAACUAGAUAAUCAAAAAUGUAUUUUUGGUACAAAAACUGGGGGAAGGUAAUGGUAACUUCAUGACUCAUGAAUGGCACAAAAAUUUGACAUUUCAUAGAUCCAUUUACAUGUUUGAACCACCAGGAGGUGGUUCUGUACAUUAUUGUAAGGUUAAAUGCCUUGAAAAAAAUUGAGAAUUUACUAAUAUGUUGAAUAAUCAAUGAGCUUCAUCUUUCUGCAUAAAAAGAAACAUUCGUACCUUUGAACGCUGCAGCCAAUGAUCUCUUAAGGCUUGGGGCAGUAGCCUAACUAUUGUAACCAUGAAACACUAGUUUAAAAAUUUUUUGAUAAAUAUAAAUUUUAGGACCUACCCCAUAGAACACAUGAACAAAGUGAUCUGAAAAAACAAACGUACCCCCAAAGCAUCUCAUGAAGACAUUAGGAGGGUCGGGCUUGUGGAAACAGUUACUCUGUGACAACGUCAGCUAAAAAUCAGGUUUAUGAGCAGGGUGUCUUUUAUUCAUAUAGGCCUAAUAGAAGCCAAACCACUGAAAAAUUGAGUUACUUGAAUACAAUGUCUCCUCAUGGGCUAUCAAUAAGGCAUGAAAAUAAUAUUGCAAUAAUUUAAAAGACACUAACAAAUUAUAC